UCCAAAACCUCUGGGCCUUAAAAAAAUUAACAAAAAAUAAAAAUAUUCAAAAUAAAAAAAAAUCCAAUACAAAAAUGAGAAUAAAAAAGAAAAAAAAAGAAAAAAAAGCAGUGAUAUUAUGCUGAUGAUGAUGAUGAUGCUAGGUGCUUUGGUUGCUCCCCAUGUAUUGGCUCUCAUCCCCUUAAUAUCUGCCACUGUUUUUUAGGACUUCAAGAUCUUGCUAAAAGAUUUCGGUUGUUGGUGUUUGUUUUGGUUUUGGUUAGUUACUUUGUUGUUUUGGGGUUUUUAGUUUUUUCUCUUUUUCUUUUUUUCUUUUUUCUCUCUCUUUACACUAUUUUUUUGGGUAUACCAAGUUAUACUUUUGUUUAGAUUUUAGACCAUACAGGAAUGGCACAAUUACCACCGAAAAUACCAACCAUGACCCAAAAUUGGCCAUCUUUUCCUCACCAAAAAAUGCCUUCCAUUGCUAAUUUCAUCCCCACUACUACCAACUCUUCUCCCACCUCUACCAUACCAUCCACACCACCACAACAACAACAGCAACAACAACAACAGCAGCAAUCGCCUUUUUGGGUCGACGAGUUUCUCGACUUUACGUCGGCGAGACGCGGUAACCACCGCCGUUCGGUCAGCGAUUCCAUUACGUUUCUCGAAUCCCCGUUGGUGGUUGAAGAAUGUCGGAAUUCUUGCGGUACCAACAACUUGAUGCAUGGAACCAGCGGCUUCGACCGGUUAGACGACGACCAGCUCAUGUCCAUGUUCACGGACGACAUGUCGGCGACCGUGCCGCCUACGCUUUCUUCUUCCAAUCCUUCCACUCCGUCCGAUCAGAACAGCAACAACGACGAGAAGCCGCCAAUGCCGGGGGUUGACGGCGGUAAUUACGGGCAGCAGCAGCAGCAGCAGCAGCCGAAGAGCGAACCGGGAGAGGUUGAGAGCUCCUGCGAACCGGAAACUCAAGUAGCUCCCACCGCCUCUGCCAGCGAUCCCAUCUUCGACCCCAAGAGGGUGAAGAGAAUUUUGGCAAAUCGGCAAUCAGCACAAAGGUCGAGAGUGAGAAAGCUACAAUACAUAUCAGAGCUAGAACGGAGCGUAACAACACUACAGUCGGAGGUAUCAGCAUUGUCGCCGAGGGUUGCAUUUUUAGACCACCAAAGGUUGAUUCUCAAUGUAGAUAACAGCGCGAUUAAACAGCGAAUUGCUGCUUUGGCUCAAGAUAAGAUUUUCAAAGACGCUCACCAAGAGGCAUUGAAGAAGGAAAUAGAGAGAUUAAGGCAAGUCUAUCACCAACAACGCCUAAAGAAGAUGGGAAACAGUACAGGAAACCAACAUGGACAAGCCGUUCAACAACAUCCAGUACAACCACCCAACUCAGAUACAAUGGUUUGCGCGGCUGAUAAAGAACAGCUUCUCAACUGAGAAUAUUGGUGUGGAAGGAAUUUUUUGGAGGUGAAUUAGGGGGAAAAAAAGAAAAAAAGAAAAAAGGGACUUUUGGUGGGGAGGGUUUUGCAUAAUGCAAACCCUGGGGUUUUCACGUGAUGUGUUUUUCACUUGUAUGUUUUAUGUGGGACCCCUGACAAAGUUUGUGAUAUUUUGGAGGGUUGGAAAAUGGACACGUGGAAAUUUUAGGUAGGGUGGUGAAAAAAAAUUAAUUAAUUAUUUUAUUUUAUUUUUAUUUUUUUGGAAACAAAUGGUAAUCAAUGUUUUGGGAUUGGGAGUUUGGACAUGGGGGUGAUUUGGUUUGGAUUUUUUUAUUUUAUUUUAUUUUAGUCUUUAUUUAUUUAUUUAUUUAUUUUUGCUGGUUUUAAUGUUUUUUUUGGGGGGGCCAAAAGAUGGUUGAGACUUGAGAGGGUGGCAUUAAAGGGGAAAUUGUCAGGGGAAGGAGUGGUAAUGUUGACUGUUGAAUCUGUUUCUGUGCUUUCUUUUUCCUUUCUGCAGGCUUCAAAUUGUUCCAUGUCUCUCAUUCAUUCUUUCUCUCUAAUUCCAUGUUACUUUUCUUCAUGACAAAUGUGAAAAAAAAAAAGCAUUAUUGGAAAAGAAUUCACAAAUGGACUUUUUCCAAAGGCUGAAA